ACCCACCCCUAAAGUGACAGAACAUCAUCCACCUUGCUUCUUGAUCUAGGUGAACCUGUCGGCUAAAUAUUUUGGAAAUUCUCCAGGGAAAGGAGAAGAAAGAGUGACUGAUGAUCAAAUAAAUUUAGACUCGAUCAGAAUAUGACGAUUAUUGGACAGUAAUUAAGCUGAGUUUUAGUAAAAUGGCUGCUGCACCAGGAGCCAUGGAAGCUUGGAUAGUUCAGCCCCGAGAGCGAGCACGCUAUGAAGAGCAGUUUCAGUCCCUCAAACCUAUCAAUGGAGUUGUUACAGGAGACCAAGCCAAAGGAUUUCUUUUACAAUCUCAGUUGCCUCCUCCAGUCCUUGGCCAAAUAUGGGGACUCGCUGACACGGAUGCGGAUGGAAAAAUGAACAUCCAUGAAUUCAGUAUUGCCUGUAAACUUAUUAACCUCAAGCUCCGGGGCUUUGAAAUCCCCAAAACUUUGCCUCCUAUAAUGAUCCAGUCGCUCGUGCAGACUGUUGCUCCGCCUGCAGUAGCACCAAUGGCUGCACCAAUGGCUGCACCAAUGGCUGCACCAAUGGCUGCACUGAUGGCUGCACCAAUGGCUGCACCAAUGGCUCCAAAGAUGGCUGCACCAAUGGCUGCACCAAUGGCUGCACCAAUGGCUGCACCUGUUCCAGGUGUUGCACCUCUUUCUGGAUCCGGUAUGCUGGAUGGAGUACCCCCUCCCAUUCCUCCUUUGCCUAAUAUGGCCAACCUGCCACGUAUGCCUGCCCUGCCAACAGGCGUGCCCAUAACAACUCAACCUAUGCCUAUUGGAGUGGGUGUCACAGGCGCCAUCCCGCCAUCAGUACCUCAGCCAGGAAUGCCUCUCAUGUCAGGUUCCAUGCCUGGAGCGAUGCCAGGUAAUAUUCCUGGAGUAGCGCCAGUGGUACCAGGUAUGAUUCCAGGGGUUGUACCAUCUGCUCCUGGCAUGACUCCUAUGCCAGGGGUGACUCCAGUUUCUCCCCUUCCUACAGGCGCACAAGGUGUUCCAGUUGCGCCUUUGGACUUAAACAAACCAGCAACACCGUCUCUUACCGGAACUCCAACAAGUGCACCAGGCAGUGCCACAGGAAGCUACAGUGGGGAACGAAUGGGAUCUGUUGAUCUUGGGUUUGGAUAUCACAUGGAAUGGGCUGUACCCCACCAGUCAAAAUUAAAGUACACCCAGUUGUUCAAUACAACGGAUCGUGCUAGGUCUGGUUUUCUUUCUGGACCUCAAGCAAGGAACAUCAUGGUUAGCACAGGAGUACACCAACGUGUUCUUGCUCAAAUAUGGGGUUUGGCGGAUAUGGACUCUGAUGGUCGCCUCUCAUGCGAUGAAUUUGUACUGGCCUUGCAUCUUUGUGAUAUGGCAAAGGCUGGAGAGAAGAUUCCUGUGCCUCUACCAGCAGAUCUUAUCCCCCCUGCGUUUAGACGACAAAGACAAGGGAGUGUUGCCGGAGCAGGUCCUGGAAAUACCCCUGGUUCUGAAAAGGGAAUUGAGCAGGACCCUGCCUCUAUGCUCAUAAGUGGUGUGACUUUUGAGGAUAAGAGGAAAGAGAACUUUGAGAAAGGUCAAGCAGAACUCGAGCGCAGACGGAAAUCACUAUUAGAUAUACAGCGCAAGGAACAAGAGGAAAGAGAGCGUAAGGAACGAGAAGAACAGGAGAAACGGGAAAAAAUUAGAUUGGAACAAGAACGACGACGUCAAGAAGAGAUGGAGAGGCAGCUUCAGCGCCAGAGGGAACUGGAGCAAGAGCGAGAGGAGCAGAGGAAAGCUCAGCUUGAGCAGCGUGAAGCAGCUAGAAGAGAAAUGGAGCGUCAAAGACAGCAGGAAUGGGAAAAGCAACGCAACCAAGAACUUCAACAGGCUAGACAAAAAGAGCAGGAAAAAGUUUUAUCAUUAAAAGCUCAAAACCAAAAGCUUGGAAUAGAUCUCUCUCAACUUAAUGAAAAAGUUAAAGAAUUAACCACUAAGAUUAGUGAGACACGUUUGAAUGUGGCUUCUAUCAAAACUACCAUUGAUGGUAUGCGUGGAACACGUGACACACAAAUGAGUGAAAUGCAGGCACUCAAGCACAAGCUAAAAGACCAAAAUAACAGGCUUUUAAUGGUAAGCCAGGAGAAAGCACGUCUGGAGAAUAAGAACAAGAUGAAUCAGGGGCAAGAUGAUGACAACAAAGAAGCUUUGGCUCAAGCAGCAAGUGCCAAGCAAAUUGCUUUAAAGCAACUCCGAGAUAAAAUUGCUGAUCUUGAAAAAGAGGUCGAGGUUAAAUUAGAAGACAUGCAAAACAACAACUCUCAGCUUGGUGACCUGAAGAAUGAGCUUUCAACCCUUGUAUCUGAAUGUGAAACACUCUACGCAACUUAUGAUGAGCGACGCAAUAAAGUGCUGCAACUAAAGAAAAAGAGAAAUGAUCCUCUUGAUGUCAAUGCUGCAUGGGGUAGCUCAGCAUGGGACUCUGCGCCAUCUUGGAGUGACGACACACCUGCAGCUGUUGACACAAUCACUCCAGCAGCAGAGAGUGGUCUCUUACGGUACCGGGCUCUUUAUGAGUUUGUGGCUCGCAAUCAGGAUGAAAUUUCCUUCCAGCCUGGAGAUAUAAUUAUGGUUCCUGUUACUCAGAGUGGUGAGCCUGGGUGGCUGGCUGGUGAGAUUCGGGGACACACGGGUUGGUUCCCUGAGACUUACGUAGAACCCUUGGACACACCAGCUGAGGCGGCCGCGGCUGUGGACGCCGCAGCUGUGGACGCCGCAGCCACAACAGCUCGGCUGGAGGGUAUUGCCGAGGUGCCUGAGAAUGUUAGUGAUGCAGGAUCUGCUGCGGCGGAUCCCUCUUUGACUGCAACACAAGCUGCAGCUCCACUUGCAGCCGCCCCAGAGGCAGUUGGUGAUGGAGAGUGGUACAUGUCUAUGUACCCAUAUGACUCUGGGGAACCAGGGGACUUGUGUUUUGGUCAAGGAGAGAUGGUAUUAGUGGUGAAGAAAGAUGGGGAUUGGUGGACUGGAGUGAUCGGUGAUCGCACUGGAAUUUUCCCAUCUAAUUACGUUCAAAAGAGUGAGUCCACAGAGGGCUCUGCUCCUGCACCAGCACCCUCUGCAGUUGUACAGACUGCACCAUCUGACAUUUCUGAAGAAGUUGCAGCAGCUAUGUCUAAAUCUGCAUUUGAAUCACAGUCUGUACCUCAGCAAGUGAAGCCUGCUACACCUGAUUUUGCUGCUCUCAACCAAUCCACUUUGGCUGAAGAGGAUGCUGACAGCAAGGGCUCAAAAGCAAAGAAACCAGAAAUAGCAACAGUUCUGGCUCCUUAUCAAGCCACAAGCGCAGAGCAACUGAGUCUCAACAGGGGCCAACUAAUCAUGGUGCGCAAGAAGACUGACACUGGUUGGUGGGAGGGAGAACUUCAGGCUAAAGGCAAAAAACGUCAAGUUGGGUGGUUCCCAGCUUCCUAUGUCAAGUUAGUGCAGAAAAAGUCUGGGCAGGACACUCCACCAGCAACCACAGUCACAUCUGCUGCAGCUUCUCCCUCCCCGUCACCAACACCCAUGAAUAUGACCAGGGAUUCGGGACUUGAAAAAGUGAUUGCCCUCUAUCAGUAUAUUGCCCAAAAUGAAGAUGAACUAAGCUUUGAAAAAGAUGACACGAUUACCAUUCUUGCAAAGGAAGAAGCAGCUUGGUGGCGAGGGGAAUUGAAUGGCGUAUCUGGCCUCUUCCCGAGCAAUUAUGUUGCCCCUCUCUCCCUUAACCACCUGAGCAUAAUUGAAAGAAAAAGACAGGACAGUAUAACUGAGCUUAUGAGUACAGAGCAAGCUUACAUUGAUGACAUGUCCAUUGUUCAUGAGAUAUUUGAAAAACCCUUGGUUCAAAAAGGAAUUCUCUCUCCAGAACAAGUUCAAAAGGUUUUUGUUAACUGGAGGGAAAUCAUUGUGUGUAACUAUAUGUUCCUAAGGGCCCUCAGAGUAAGGCGUGAUAUGAGCUCUGGCGCAAUAAUCCGAAUGAUAGGUGACAUUUUAUGUGAAAAUCUCCCGAGAAUGAAGGUCUACAUUAGAUUCUGCUCCUGUCAACUAACUGCCGCAUCAACUCUUCAAGAUCUCCAGGAAAACAACUCAGAAUUUCGAGAGGUGUCUCGAAUUUGUCAAAGUGACCCCCGCACCAUGGGUCUUCCCCUCAGUUCAUUCCUCAUCAAACCAAUGCAAAGAAUAACAAAAUACCCGUUGCUUAUAAAAAAGAUUUUGCAAUAUACAAGCGAACAUCACCCUGAUUACUCUUACAUAGUGGAAGCUCUGGCAAAAGCAGAAGAGUUAUGUAACCAGGUAAAUGAAGGAGUGAGAGAAAAGGAAAAUUCAGAUCGCCUAGAAUGGUUACAACAACAUGUUCAGUGUGAUGGUUUGAAUGAGCAAAUUGAAUUCAACUCUCUGACAAAUUCUCUGGGUCCAAGAAAAUUUCUUCAUCACGGUGUGCUUGUGAAGGCUAAAAGUGGAAAGGAGCUUGUGGGAUUCCUCUUAAAUGACUUCCUCAUGCUUACUAGACCCUCUAAGUCCCUGGCAGGAAAACAAUUUUCAUUUGAUAAAAACACUGGAGUUCCUUACAAGCUAUAUAGAAAGCCUAUGAUAUUAAGUGAUAUUGUCAUUACUGACAACUCUGGAAAGAUCUCACCUGCCGAAUCUCUAUCCGACUGCAAUGACACCAAAGAACUAAGGAUAGACAACAGCAGUGAUGCUAAUUUAUCUAUCGUCCUCUUAGCUCCAAGUAUGAAUGAACGCAAUCUUUGGAUAAAGAAACUGGAUCACGCUAAGCGGCAGUUUAUGGAGAAUGAACAAAGUCAUUUUCGACGGCAGCAGUCCAAACAAGCUCAGUUUGGCGCUGUAGGGCGCAUCUUAGCGGUAGUCAUGGGCGGCUCAAGUCUGAGCUCCUCUCACUCAGGGGGUAAAUGCGAAGCAUUUUGCAAGGUGACAAUGGGAUCUCAAGAGCAUCGAACCAGUGUGGCUAGUGGUCCAUCACCACAGUGGAACGCAUCAAUGCAAUUUUUAGUAAAAGAUUUGCAAGAAGAUAGAUUAUGCAUUACAGUAUUUGACCGCGGUCAUUUUUCUCCUGAUGAGUUCCUUGGUCGCACUGAAGUCCGAAUCUCAGACAUUCUCAAAUCUUCCUCUGAGACCCCUGGCCCCAUUUCAAAACGUCUGAUUCUUCAUGAGGUUGAAACUGGUGAAGUAGAAGUCAAACUUGAUCUUAGGCUAUUCAGCAAGGAAAGGUAGCUUUUUUUGUAUUAUUUGUACCUUAUUUUCUGCAUCCUAUGGAUGUUCAAUAUUACUAGUAAUCUAAUAUAUCAAUCGGUUUUGAUUUCUCAAUAGUGUAAUAUUAUGAGAUUUUCAUGUAAUGUGAUACAAGCUUUGAAGUCCAAGGACUCUUUAACUGUAAGGAAAGGUUACAACUUGGCAACUUUAGUGGUUUUAUUGUUAAUUUCCUCUGUUAUUCUGGCACUUAUCAUUCUUUGUCUUUGUCAUUCUUGUUGAUUAUUUACCACUAGAAAGUAGAGGUAAACAGUAUAAAUAUAUUUACAGUUACAAGAAUGAGAGAAAAUUUGUAGCCUAUAAGAUUAUGCAAGUUUUCUAAAGAAAUAUAUUCUAGUUUACAGUUCUAAGCAUGUAUAUACAAAUGGAUAAAAAUAAUCUAAAUAUUUAAAAUGCAUUACUCUACAAUCAAUAGUGUUUUAUGAUGGCCAAAAGGCACUUCAUCACAUGUUUAUUAGAAACCACAUCACAAAUUAUUGGGAGCAAUUGCUUCCUUGUAUCUAUGGCAUGGCGAAACUGAAGAACACAUAAAGCCACAGUCAAUAAAUAAAUAAAUUACUUAGGUAAUUAAUGCUCUUUUCUUUUUAUCAAAUUAAUGUAAUACUGCUGUUUUUUUAACUUGUCACUUAUCUAUGAUUUGUUGUCAAAAUAUGAUUUUACUGUGGUUUGUUAUUCACCCUAAAUCCGUACAAUUUUACUGAUAUUGAUUUCAGUCUCUUAGCCUCUCUGGCAAACUUGCAAUGUAAAAGAGACAUGUGGAAUUUAGCCAUAAGAGCUCUGUUCCUGAGAAUCACAGUUCGUCUUGUCAGCAGCAACCUUAUGCAAGGAAAUAAAAAAUGUUUCCACA